CUCUUCUAGUAAUCAAAAAUUUCAGGUAUUCCAAAUGUUCCAAAUCUUGUAACUUGUAAAAUGAAAAAAAAAAUGUUUGUAAUUUUCGAAACGAAAAUACACAAAACGGAAACUUGAACGGAAAUUAAUGAGUAAGUGAAGGACAGACAUAUAUCUCUAUCUUUCUCUGACUCAUUCUACAGAUUGCGAUUACAUUUCCGGUCCUGUCAGUUCCUGUUCAAGAAUCUAUUCUGCUAUUUGGGCUUGUGUCAUAUUUAUAAUUCAGUUUUAUAUUAGUCUUAAAUUAUAAUUAGACAAAAUGUAAGUAAUUGCAAAUAGAAUAAAUUACAUUCUCUAAUCGAGUGUUUUCGGGAAUAUUCGCUAAAUAAAAGAUGGCGGCCAAGUACAACACUUCCUGUUGCUUCUUGCUGUCGAUGUCGAAAAAAUUUAGAGAGAACACUAGAUUAUUGCUAAUUAUUUUCGUUUGUACAGUCACCAUUUUUCAGAUUUACAAGAUGUGGAAUGACAGAAAAAUGAUUCUUCGACAAUAUUUUGUAGCAAAUCAUGCAUGUCAAUUGCAAGUGUUUGAUCGAGUUUUGUAUUUAUGUUACCCGCAUUGCUUUAUAAAGGCGAGAAUGUGACAGCUCUUCGUCAUCUUUAUGCCGUUAUUUUCGGAACAAUAUUUCAGUGUGAUUAUGUUUUAGGUAUUCGAGGAGCCACGUGGGAAAAUUGGGGUGGAAUAAGAUGAUGCCUCCCACUUGCUUGGAUAAUCCGUUUUUGUCUGUUGAAAGGAGUUCAGUCUUUCGGAAAAAUCGUCUAUUUUGCUCCAUUGUUCCCAUAUUUUGCUCUAUUAACAAGAGAAAUUGAAAUUUUCAGGACGUGUCACAUUAUAAAAGAAGGACAUCGAAAGAAGAAAAUUCGCCAUCAGUUUAUAGUCGUCAAGAAUGUACGAGGUGAUGCAGUAUCCCAAACUUUUUUCUCCUUUGGAAUUGGAUGGUAUUCUCUGGUGACAUUGUCCAGCUGUAUCAACUUUACAAAUGUCACACAGCAAAUGCUGGUAAAUAGCGAUGCAAUCUUUGUUUCACCGGAAAUCCGUUGACGUGUUUUUGCUGGAUUUGCGAUAUUUUCCAUAAUGUUCCUGGCGCAACAGAUGAAUAUACCCAUCAGUGAAGUGGUCCAAAGCGGCACAUAACCUGAGGCAGUGGUGCGAAUGCCACUUCCUAACCUAUGGGCAAUUCUAUUCUUGGCAGCCGGCACCGCAGUUGUUGUUGUUGUUGUUGUGCUAGACGUUCCUGUCCGUUCCGGAUUCUCCUAUAUGGAUGCGAUGAAAAUACGAGACUUAUGUGAUUUUGGGAAUAUGCGCGCAACGCAACGUGCUUGGUUACUGGCAAUACCUAUGGUUUUCGAUGGGGGAAUUUACCUGUUCACUCUGAUGGACUGGAACACAGCUUCCUGGGCCAUGCUAUUGAUCGGUUUUGCAGAGAGAGUGAGUGAGAGAGAGGAGGUUGUACUUGCAUCGUCGUGGUGGUUCUACGGAUGCAACAAAUUUCUACAUAACAUCACGGAAAUGCAAAUGAACUUCGGAUGUUUACUGUACAGCUAUUGGCGGCUCAGCUGGAUCGUGCUUGCACCGAUUACCGCCUUGGUGAGUAUAUGCCUCGAUAUAUAUCUAUUCCGGACGUUACAUGGUUUCAACUUGUUGUGGGAUUUGUGGAUCUUCCACACGCAUCCUCCUCCACACACACAUAUCUAA